CAGUACUCUACGGAGGCGAAGAACCUCUCCCGUCCCGCCAAAACGCUCGCUUCUCUUCGUGUCUCUGCAACUCCAGAAGGUCUGCAAAGAUGAGUACCAUGAAAUUCUGCCGCGAGUGCAACAACAUUCUUUACCCGAAGGAGGACAGGGAGCAGAAGAUGCUCCUCUACGCUUGCCGGAACUGCGACCACCAGGUACCGUCUCCCCGGUUCUCCCUCUUCGUCUCUCGUUUUCGCGCCUAUUUAUGUUCCGCCCGCGUCCAGUGUGGAAGAUUAGGGUUUACGGCUGUUCGAUUUAGAGAUAAAUGUGAUGCUUUGAACAUGUUGCAGGAAGUUGCUGAGAACUACUGCGUAUAUAGAAACGAGGUGCAUCACUCUGCAGCAGAACGGACCCAGGUAUUGCAAGAUGUAGCUGCUGAUCCUACUCUUCCUCGCACUAAAGAUGUUCAAUGUGCUGAGUGUAAGCAUCAUGAAGCUGUGUUUUUCCAGGCAUUAAAGAACAAGGAAAAUCUGUUAUUACGCAACGGCCAGAGGAGAGGAAGGUAUGACGCUGUUCUUCGUCUGUUGCAACCCAAAUUGUGGGCAUCGCUGGAGAGAUUGAGGCUCUGGGAAGGAUUGCGGUCCAUGGUGUAUCCGAUAUUAGGCUUGCUGUGGAGUUCCAAGAGUUUGUGGCUACGAAGUUCUGCCAUCUAAGUUCUAACAACAGCCGUGCGGAAUGUAUUCUAGUGUAGGGUGUGACGAUUUUUAGUGUUUCAGUGUGUUCAGUGGCUUUGAUGGGCCAGAAAUGGGCUCAGAGAUGUCCAAUUCUGAAUUUUUAGGCCCACUACAUGCCUUUUCAGUGUUUGACAUGGGCUUACAGAAGGCCAUAAUGCAUCUUGGACGUUGAUGCACUACUUCACCCUUUCAACCAUAGUUAAGCAAGGGAGCAUCUCUUUGCUACACUUUGCAGUUUCACAAACCGCAAAAAAUGUAAGAAAACAAUA